CCUUUCUAGUCCACCAACUUUCGCUUCAUUCACUGCUGGUUCAGACCGUUCAUUCAUUCAUUCGCCGGUAAUUUUUAUUUGUUGGGGUUGGAUAAGAGGCGUUCAAGAAGAUUUGGAGGAUAGGAGGACAAGAAAACGGGUGUGAGAAACGCAUACGAGAUUGAACAUCGGUUCGCAUCGCCUACGGUAGUCGUUGGAUACAUCAUUUGCGGUCGCCAUUCUCCUCACCCCAAUCGACUUACGCCAGUACUGUCGCAGGUCGACAAUAAUCUUGGGUUCGUGCGUUGGCGAAGUGACAGACUAUACUUGUCACCAUGGGUCUCGUCGAUUUGACAAAGAAGCAGUUUACUGCGAGUAAACUCAUUUUCCAUUUUCUGUUUUGGGGGUUUCACUGGGGUAUCUUCGCGUUCGGAUGGUAUAAGCAAGCCAAUGAGCCUCGACUGGCGGCGUUGAAUGGCUUAAAGUGGUCAGUUUGGAUUUCGCGAGGCGCCGGUCUCGUUCUAUCAUUUGACACUACCUUCAUUCUGCUUCCAGUAUGUCGCACAAUAGUAAGAUGGAUUCGGCCCAAGAUCAGGUUUCUGCCGCUAGAUGAGAAUAUCUGGUUCCAUCGCCAGGUCGCAUAUGCCAUGUUGCUCUUCACACUGCUGCAUGUAGCCGCGCAUUAUGUCAACUUUUAUAACGUCGAGAAGACACAGGUCAGACCUGAGACGGCCAUCGAAAUCCACUAUACUCAGGCCGGCGGCAUAACGGGGCACAUAAUGCUUUUCUGCAUGUUGUUAAUGUACACAACGGCUCAUCAUCGUAUUCGACAACAGUCUUUCGAGACAUUCUGGUACACGCAUCAUUUGUUCAUUCCAUUCCUACUCGGGAUGUACACCCACGCUGUCGGCUGCUUUGUUCGCGACACCGCUGAGCCUGUUUCACCUUUCGCCGGAGACAAUUUCUGGAAUCAUUGUAUCGGCUACCAGGGCUGGCGAUGGGAACUUUUUGCUGGUGGACUAUAUUUGAUCGAACGACUCUAUCGUGAGAUUCGAGCGGUGCGCCCGACCAAGAUCACUAGAGUGGUUCGCCAUCCCUAUGAUGUUGUGGAAAUUCAGUUUGAGAAGCCAUCUUUCAAGUACAAGGCGGGCCAGUGGCUCUUUUUACAGGUGCCGAGUGUGUCAAGUUACCAAUGGCACCCUUUUACCAUUACAUCCUGUCCCUAUGAUCCUUACGUCUCUGUGCACAUUCGACAAGUAGGCGAUUUCACACGAGCCUUGGGCGAUGCCGUUGGUGCCGGUUCAGCUCAAUCUAAACUGUAUGAGGGUGUAGAUCCCAUGGGAAUGUACGAAGUCGCGCUUCAGAACGGCCAACAAAUGCCUGUCCUCCGCAUUGACGGUCCUUACGGUGCACCUGCUGAGGACGUAUUUGACAACGAGAUUGCAGUUCUUAUUGGUACCGGUAUUGGUGUCACACCGUGGGCAUCCAUUCUCAAGAACAUCUGGCAUCUGCGGAAUAGCCCUAACCCACCGGCACGUCUCCGCCGAGUGGAAUUCAUCUGGGUGUGCAAGGACACUGGAUCUUUCGAAUGGUUCCAGACACUUCUUUCGUCACUUGAGUCACAAAGUGCGGAAGCUGCCCGUAUUCCAGGCAGCAAUGGCGUUGAAUUCCUCAAGAUCCAUACCUUCUUGACACAGAAACUAGACGUCGACACAGCCCAAAACAUUGUGCUCAAUAGUGUUGGUUCGGACGUUGAUCCUUUAACUGAACUCAAGGCUAGGACCAACUUUGGUCGCCCCAACUUCAGCAGUAUAUUCGAAGCGAUGCGGAAUGGAAUUCUUGACCGAAGCUACAUCAAUGGUCUUGAGGGUAGUAUGCAGACUACAGUGGGUGUAUACUUCUGCGGUCCUUCAGUAGCUGCUCGUGAUAUCCACAAGGCUGCCAAGGCCGCAACCUGCAGAGAAGUCAAGUUCCGAUUCUGGAAGGAGCAUUUCUAAGCACCCAUUUUCUAUCUGAUGUACCAUUUUAUGCAUUAUGGGGAUGAUUUACACCCUGUUGUGAAGAGUUUAAAGCCACUGGCGAAUAACUGAAUUAGAGACGCAUUUUGAGUCAUCGAGGUGAGGGUGCGGUGGUUGCCAGUAGAAGCUCACAUAUCCAAUCUUCUC